AUGUCGCUUCAAUACACGCCCAGCCCUGGUGCUGUUUCUGAUGCACACUGGACGGCGGUGUUUUUGUCUACUCGAGAUGCCGGUGCACGGGUUCCGAUAGACUUCAUAACACAUCCAGGAGUUCAUCUUACUCAGGCAUGUUUUUCGCACGGCAUAUAUGAUGAUAUUCCAGCCCAGACCUGUAUCUCGGAUCUUCUGGCGAGCAAUUUCGGUCGGAUUGUCGUCGAUCUGUACUGGGACAAUAUCAACCGUCAGUUCAAUUUGUGCCCUGUUGAACUACCUCCGCUGGCCGGCAACUCGACAGCCGGGUACAGUGUCGACUUUUCAGAACUUUCAUCUAUAACAGCCACGACCUCUUCUGCCGCGGACCCCACUGUGCCUUUGACUGCUCCCACUGCCCAGCCCCUUGUCAAGCGCCAGUCUGGAGUCAGCAAUGCGACAACUCCCGUCACCACUACUCCUCCCAUUUCCUCGUCGGCAAGUGCUGCACCCAUUCCGACCACCACUGGUGUGUCCGGCACUGAAUUGCUCGAGCUAGGGCCAUACAAGUGUAGCCUGGAUUUGAACUUGGAUUCGAUCAUAUCCUUGUACGGUGAUUACUUCGAACAAACAUCCGACACAAUCUCUGCAUAUCUGCAAUACCUAACCUUGAAUUUACAUGCUGCGUCACCCUUUACCGCCCCGUCUGACGCUGCCAAUACACCAAUGCAAGCACGACUGCCCCACGGAAACAGUCUUAUUGGUGCUCAAUUCCAGAAUAACCUUCCUGAGACUCUUUACACUCCAGAUCAGCUUCAGGAUGACCGUGAAGACCUCAAGAAGUCAUGGUUUCGUAACAAUUUCGCAAGUAGCACAGACACGAAUUAUUUUACAGUCGAUCACGGGAGCGACGGCACCAGCACACAGGAUGGCUGGCCUGGCGAAACAUGGAUUCUCUUGAACUCUCAUCGGCGACUCCUCCUCAGUUGGGGAAAGAUUGACCCUCAGAUGAGCGCAUAUGAUUUUCAGACCGACGCCAGCAAUGUGUUUCCGAGCGACUAUCUCGAAACUAAGCACAAAGUGUCUGUCAACGAUGAAGGCGAUGUUGUUUCCGGGUGCUUUUACGACCCCGAAGUUACGAAAAUUGGAGCACAAAACUCCUCCGGGGCCUACACAGCGAUCACUGAGAACUACUCGUCCCAGAUCUUGCAACACUUGGUUCAGAAUCUUACAGCUUGUGGUAUAUCACCCAUGUUGAACGUGACUUUGGGGACUUCAACGGUACAGGAUAAUCUAGAUUUAUACCAACAAUUCGCCCGCUCCACGGUCUUUGGAUGGGCUUCUGGUGAACCCAGAAAUGCCUCACAAAUCAGAGCCAACCAAAAGAGAGCCAACGACGAGGAGAAGAAUUACGCUUGCGCCGUCCUUGAUUCCACUAGCGGAUACAUGGGUCGUUGGCGAGUAGAGCAAUGCCAAAAGCAACACCGCGUGGCUUGCCGUAUUGCCGACGAGCCAUAUGCCUGGCGACUGUCAACGUUUGAGGUGGACUACGAAUCGGCUCCGGAUUCCUGUCCGGAAUCUACAACUUUUGCCCUGCCUAGGACUGGCCUUGAGAAUACCUAUCUAUACCGGAAGAUUAUGAACGACUUGCGCUCUGGGGUCGAUGAUUCCAUCUUGUCUGGGAUCUGGAUAGAUUUCAAUUCUCUGGAUCAGACCGAUUGUUGGGUGAGCGGAGGACCAAACGCAUCGUGUCCUUACACUGGUUCUGAGGAUUCUGAAGACCAGAGGCAAGUCCUCAUUCCAACGAUUGCAGCACUGAUCGUUCUCAUCCUCACGGUUUUGACAUUGCUGGUGAAAUGCAAUGAAAACAGAAGGAAAAGCAGGACUCGCCGGAGAGGAGAUGACGGUUGGGAAUAUGAAGGAGUACCAUCGUGA